CAGACUAUGAAGAUUAACCAAAAUACUGUAUUGCAGGGGAAGAAGGUAACCCUGGUACCAUACACUUCUGCUCAUGUACCCAGAUACCAUGAGUGGAUGAAGUCUGAGGAACUGCAACGUCUGACUGCAUCCGAACCACUAAGCCUUGAACAGGAAUAUGAGAUGCAGUGCAGUUGGCGGGAAGAUACAGACAAAUGCACAUUUAUAAUACUUGAUGCUGAAAAGUGGACUAGGCAGAAAGCCACAGAAGAAGACUGUAUGGUUGGAGAUGUGAACUUGUUCCUUACCAAUCGUGAAGAUCCGACAGUGGGAGAGAUGGAAAUCAUGAUUGCAGAGCCCAGCUACCGUGGCAGAGGGUUUGGCAAGGAGGCCACUCUCAUCAUGAUGUCCUAUGGAAUUACACAUCUUGGUAUCACUACUUUUGAGGCGAAAAUUGGAUUGGAAAAUGAAAUCAGUAUUGGCAUGUUCAAAAACAUUCAUUUUAAGGAGGUGGGAGCAAAUAGUGUAUUCCAAGAAGUGACACUGAAACUGAUUGUGGAUGAACAAGAGAAGCAAUGGCUUCUUGAGCAAACCAGUGAGGUGACUGAAACAAAGUACAGUGUCAUGAAACUGCAGCAUCACAGUUGUGACAGCUGAGAAGCUAUGCUCAAUUUAUCUAAAUUUUAGAAGGAUGGCUUAUUAUUGUCCAGAAUCUGAAUCAUGUCCUGAAUCCAUGGCAUUAGCUCUUGCUGAAGAAGAAAAUGAUGUAUGACCUCCACCUUGUUGUUGUGAUAGGUCCUUUUUUUCUAAGGAUGUAAACAUCUAGGGGAGCUACAAUGGACUGCUUCAUUGUAGUGAGCAAAAAGAAUUUUCAGAAGAAAACUCACUCAGCUUGAACUGAGUUUGAUCAAUAGCUGCUGUCAGAAUGAUGUCAUGGACUUGUUUACUGUUUAAUUCAGGGCAAAUAACAAAGUAUGGUUGAGUUGCAUUUUGGGGCAAGGAAGCUCUAGGAUGGGUGUUACAAAUUGAUUGAUGGUGCUCUCACCAAAUGGUUGCCUUUGACCAGAAAACCUCACCUACCUUCUGGGAUGUUUUUCCAACUUCCCAGUCUAGGACACAGUGCUGGGAUUUCCUGGUGGCCUCCCAUCCCAGUAUUAACCCAGUCCAGCACUGCUUGGCUUUUUCAAGAUCAGGUUUUUUUAAAAUAAUAACAACAACUAGUGGUGUAGUACAGCUAGUGCCCAUAAAGAAAGCUGACUCUACCCUGCUGUAGCAUGUUGUUAUAUAUUACUCAUGGAUUACUGUGCUUUGUAAAAAACAUCAACUUGAGCUAGAUACAGAGCUUUUAUUUAUUACAAAGUGCUUUACAAAUGCCAAAGUUUUACAGUUUCAAAAACUAGUAGGAAUAUGGUCAAGAAAAACAUAUUUGCAUGCACUGAUCAAUUUAAAGUCACAUUAACAAUCCUAUUGAUUUCAACCCAAAAUGUUGGAAUCAUUGGGCAAGUCCACCUCAAUUAACGUUUUCAACUCCUAAAUUAAACUUCUAGAAGUAAUACAAUUGCAUCCAGUACCUAUUAAACAUCUCUUGAUGUGUCCAGUAUGUGCAAGAUAUUUUAGUUGUGUACAUCUGAUUUUAAGAUCAAAGGAAAUUAACUUCAUAUUCUUCAAAGUAACCUUCUGCUGAUUUACUAGGACAGGACAUCCUUAAUGUGUAUCGCAAUAUAAAUUAUAUCCAAAUAAAUUAUAGCUGCUGGGUUCUAUUUUGAGUUAAAACAACUAUAUUCAUUUAAAAAUCUAAUACUGUCAGAAUUCUGAUGGCUCCAUUUAAUUCCAGUCUGGAAUUGGAAGACCAAUUUUUGAACUAUAAGCUGAAGUAGUGAUUAGAAUUUUAGCAUCUACAUUUAUCAAGGAAAUAGAUGCAUAAUUAGAAACUUGGAAAUUAAGUAUAAUAUUUUUCACUUUAAAGCUAAAGGAUAAGAGUUUAUUUUGAAAAGUGUCAUAUAUAUCCAAUAAAAUGGGAAAUAGAAACUCAGUAUAAUUUUUGUACCUAUUAAUUGGAAAUCCAUCAGAGCUAAACUACAAAGGAUUUAAUUGUAGUGACAAUUGAAGCAAAAGAGAAAUAAAUGUUAGGAAUCUGGUCCUGUAAUAACUCUGGUAAUCUCACAUUGUGUAAAAAAUAAUCAAUUUCCUUGUAUGUUGAGAAAGAACUGGGGAAUAAUGUUUUUAAAAACUGUUGAUUAAUAGAUUCUUAGUGUGCUAGAACACAACAUGUACCUCCUAGUUGGGAUGUUGGUCAACAGCAUGUUGGCUUGAAAUGUGGUCUCUGAAAUAGAGAUAUCUUCCAUAGAAUACUUGACCCUGUUUGGAGUAAAACUGGGCUUUGGUCUGCUUAUGGUAUGCUGGCCAAAAUGUGCAAAAACUGACCAAAUUGUGUCCUAAUAGCAGAAAAUGCUGAUUAUGCUUUGGUAUGACUAUGAUAGAAGCCUGCAAAACUCUUGUUUUAACUUACUAAGAAGCAUUGCAUAAAAGAAUCAAUUGACCAAAGAUAUAAUGUGCAAUGGAGGUCAAUAUUCAUGGGCCCAUCUGUUGACAAUUACAGCAUAUAGAAGAUUGUGACUCAGAAUGUAAGAAGGUAAAUGGUAAAGCAUGAAUUAAUGAAUGAAAGGACAGACAGACAAAUAUUUAGUGGAUUUCUGAAAAUAAGAAAAAAGGGAACGUUGUAAUAGAUCUGAAUCUGAAUUAAGGGGUCUGAUCCUGUGAAACUGAAUUGAUGAAUACAUGUAUGGAAGCAAAAGUGUAGCUGUAUUUAUAAAUAAAAGUAUUAAAAUGUAUGUCAAAAAUAUAA